GGGGUCCCGCUGGCUGCAGACCCCCGCUGGGGGAUGAGCACCCAAGGGAGAGGCGAGGUCCCAGGCGGAGAGGCUGGAACCGGGGGGGUGCGGACCGUGCGGUACUGGGGCGGGGAGCGGCACGGGACCGCUUCCUGAUACGGAGAGUCCCCGGGCGCUGCAGGGGGAGCCCGUGGGCCCUCCCCGGGAGCUCGGUGCCGGCCAGUACCGGGGACAGGGGGCUGACGUCGGAACGCCAUCACAGUGCCGUGUGACGUCACCCCGCCGCGCUGUGAGGCAUGCGUGCUAUGUCCAGCAAGAACUCAGCAUGGUGUGACGUUGCAAAUGAAUCUGAUUUUUAUUCUUGUUCCUGGGAAGCAAGCUUUUCACAUAGCCAUUGUAGCUGCAAAGAUUUAACUGGCUCGGACAGUGAAAGUGAUCGUCAUUCUUACAUUGAUACAAAUGAUCAGUACCAUUCCCUGGGAGAAGAGAGGGAAAGAAGCCAAACCACCAAUGACUUGACAGAAGCUUUUCUGGUCUCAGGAAACAAUCAAACCAACAAAAAAAAUAACGGCAGGGACUAUCUUUUACUACAAGGGAAAAAAUCACAAUAUUCUAGGAGUAGCCAAAAAGAAAAGGCACCAAAAUCCAUACCACCUUCUACAUUUAACAGAAGUCAAACAAUUGAUCACCCAUCUGCAAGUUGUUCAGCACGAGUGCUUCAGUCAAGGUCUGCAUUAUCAUCUCGAAAGGAUUUACUUUCCCAAAGUGACCGCCCCCAGCUCUUCAUUACUGAGCAACCAGUACAGGAGCCAGCCGUUUUCACAAUUAAGAAAGCCUACAUAGUUAAUAAGCUACAUCAAAAGCACCCGCCAGCUGAUUCUCCUCCAACUUCGAAGUGCAAUAAAGCUGUGCAGGCUUCUUUCACUUGUAGAGGGGAAGACCCUGGUGAAUGUAUUGUUUGUGAAUGUUCAAAACGGUCACUAUUAAAGGAACAGAGAAACAGAAAACUGGACAAGAAGAAAGCUGCUGUGUUUCAUAACACUGAAAGUAUUGCCAAUCAAGAUUUAUCUUCUGGUGAACUGGUGAAUGGACAUUUACAUUGUCCUUUGGAAGCAGUGACUGAUAUACCUGUCAAACCACAGACCUCCAAGCAUUGGUGUUUGCCCAUUAGUUCAUCAACUCUUGUUAUAUCUCUAGCAUUGGAAGCAGGUUAUUCAGUUCCAUCUGUUUCAUUAGCAGGAGCUGAAACAAAAUAUAGUAGUUCUUCAAAGGUUAGGAAAGUCAGAGGCGAUGCAAGUAGACCUGCCUUAGCUUUCAAACUUAGAGAGCCUGAGCUUAACCAAUAUUUUAACAAGUUGCGUAUUUCUAUAGUUCCAAAUCCUGUGCACUUAGAUACUGACACUCGAAAGCAAGCUAUUCCUUUUACUGGGCAGGUAGGACUCCAACAAAUCCCAGGUCCUGAAGCCAAUCAGCCUCUGGAAACGCAGACCGAUUCAUCUGAUUCUGACAUUCCCGGAGCUCAGAUAGAACAAGCAUCUUCUAUAUUUAAACCCCCGUCUGCCAAGCAGUUCUUUGUGUCCUCUGAAGAUACACAGGAUACAGUUUGGCCUUCUACCUCUUAUAGUGUUAAAAAAAUUCCCUACAGAAAAGGGAUAUCCAUUAAAGAGCCCUUUGAAGAGCAGAAACAUCAAUUAAAAGUCUGCAGGUCCAUAAGACAUCCUAUCGUGUCUACCAAACCCAAAGAAGCUCAAAGAGAUCAAAGAUUUAUAAACAAACCCUACAUCUCUUCCAACCUUGACAACACAAAGACUUUGGAUAUUGAACCUUUUAAGCAAAAAUCUGGUCACUACAAAACUGUGAAAGAAACAGAAAUAGGUAAAUUGAAUUACGUGCCUUUAUCAGAAACUGUUAAGUGUCAUUGUGGUCCUUUAUCUAACUUGAGUGUCAACCUGUAUCCAAAGCGGAGAUAUUCUGGCAUUGAGAAAUCCCUAAGCAUUAACAGAAAACCAUCCAAAAGAGGUGGUGUAACACGUAGGAUUUCUGCACAGUCUCUGCUAAGUGAUAGAGACAGUACUGAGGAGACCCAAUACAUCUCUCCUUCCAAAAGAAAAAAGGAUUUGAAGAUGCAGAGCAUUCUGAACUUUUGUUUUGGGUGGCCGGGGGCACAAAAGAAACAUGAGAGGUCACCAUGUAAAGGAGAGAUCUCUUCCACUGCAUAUGAUCCCGAAACAAAAGAGGAAGGUCUUUUGAGCCCACCUUUACCAGCUGAGAGGAGAAGUCUGACUGCCCCAUUUCUCCAAGAUGAAAGAGAGAGUCAGAGUCUUGCAGAUGGGACAUUUCAUCCUGAAGACAAUUUGAACACCUUGGAUUCUCCUUAUACUGGGAAUAUCAGUAAUUUAGUACAGCCACUAGAGCAGAGGAGUAUGUUUCAGGCCACUAAUAAUGUACCGUUGGAGAAACUGGACUCUGAGUCUGCCCCAGUUCCUUCUGGAGACUCCAUCCUGAAGAAGCUCAUGUUUUGCAGAUGUGGACAGAUGCCACAACAUGGACUCUUCCCUACUGGAGAUAUUUUCCAGUCAGUUACUAAGAAAACCAUAAGCCGUCCUGCUACUGGUAUGGGACCCUGCAAACCUGAGCCAGCAAGGGAGUGCUGCCAUAGAGAAAUACCAGAUAACAUGAAUGAAACAUACUGGUACAGUAACCAAUCUGUAUUUCCAACUCAUUCAUCUUUGGAAAACAUACGCAAGCAAGAAGCCACAAGGGGGCAGUUCACUAACACACAGUCUUACUUUGAGAACAGUGUUCCAGCAAAGACGGUGACAAAUGAACUCCUAAAAGAAGGGAAGCGAAUGGAAAUGGGUGAAAGCGGGAAUAUCAGAAGCAAUAUGGAAGUUGACGCCAUGCAUCAAGUUUGUGCACAUGGCAUGUAUGCUGCAACACCUUCUGAGCAUGGUGGGAGAGAGAAAACACUACCAGAGUAUUCCAUAUAUCACCCCAACUAUUGCCCAUCCUGCCAGCCUGCUGCUACCCAAAAACUAGGCACAUCAAAUGACUAUUAUAACUGCUUCAAGUCAAAGCAGAAAGAACCCAAGAGUUCCUUGAGCAUAGAGAGAGGGUUUACAGUUGAUCCUUGCCUGGGGAAUAGGAGCCAGUGCAAAUGUUCUCAAGAAAUCCCCCUUCCCUACCUGGAACAGAGUAUCCCGUAUGAGGAAAAUAGAGCUACGCUUCCAAAGAGAAAUGACCCAGACCUAAUUCAGGAUUUUUCACAAAACCAUUGUGGCUGGAAAAGACCAGCGGAACGAGCAGGCUGCCUGGGAAGGCAAAGCUCAGUGUGGCCUGCCGGUGGGAGGGGCGCUGAGUGAAAACAAGAAGCAAGAGCUCAAAAUGGCAGAAGUGAUCAUUUAUGCCUAAGAACCUGGGCCUGUUAAAUAGAGACUCUCCAAUAAAGCGCUCAGCAAAGCUGAUUAUUCCGAGGUGAAGCAGUGAAGUGUGAUGGACCGAACGUGAGAGGACGAAGCCCAUCGAUACUGAUACAUAAAAAACAAUGGUUCCCAGCC